UCCACGUCCUUUUCAUUUAUUUUACAUUUCUUUAGUCUCUGAAAGUGAUCUUCUCCAAUAUUCUUUGUUUGGAGUUUGGGAAAUGGAGAAGCAGGAACCAGGGCCGGGAGGUUGUUUUGGUGAUAUGGAAGUGGUGUUUCUACGAAAGAACAUACAGAUAGAGCAGAGUGAGUUCUGUUUCGAGUACAAGGAGAAUGCUCACCAUCAAUUCAUGCUAAUAUCAACACUGAAGGAUCGCUCCAUUUUGAUCCCUUCAAAGGGACUUACUGCCUUCUUGGAUGUUUUGGAAGGCUUUUGUUCUGGUUCUGAAAACAACCCACUGAAGAAGAGCUCUGGCAAACCAAAACAACUCAAGAUCGAUGACAAAGUGGAGUUCCUCUUUCAAGUUGGGCAGAACAAAUGGGACCACUUUCUAAAGGUUAGUGAAGCGGCGACAAGGGAAAAGGAAAACAGCAUAUUCAUUCCUUCAGAUGGCAAUGGUUGGGAACAAUUCAGAAAGACAUUAGCGGAGCUUGAUGACACUGCAAAACAUAUGUGCCCUCCUUUUGAGACAAGAUUUGAUCCUUUGAAACGCCCAAAUAAGGCAUCAGAUGCCAAAGUCGAUCACACUGAUAGUCCAAGUGCUGAAAAUUUAACAGUGGCAGAGUUAAACAUAGAAAGUUCACAGAAUGAAACUAUAGGCGUUGGGGAAUCAAAAAUGCUGAGAGUUGGCUUGAAGAGGUUCUACUUUGAUCUUGGAAGCAAUAAGAAGGGCAGUUUCUUAAAGAUAUCUGAGGUGAUGAAUGGUUAUCGUUCAUCUGUCGUAAUCCCUUUGGCAAGUGUGCAGCAGUUCCAUGAAACGGUUGGUCAUUUCAUUCAGAACAGCAAUGGAAGAUCAGCUUCAUGAAGGUAAACUGAGAGCUGGACUUUUGAAAGAAACUUAUAUGGAAAAAAAAAAGUAAAGACUUAUUUCAAUAUAUGUAAGCUUGAACUUAUAUGGAAAAAAAAUGUAAAGACUUUUUCAGUAUAUGUAAGCUUGCACAAGAACACCAUCCAUCCUUUUAAGAUUAAUGUUUCUGCAGUGUUCACUAUCA